AUGGGGCCUUUGAUCCGAUUUCUCAGUCAGGGAGAGCUUCCCGAGGACCGAGUUGAGUCAAGAAAGCUUCAACGUAAAGCAAUUCGGUACACCCUCCAACAAAAUCUCUUAUACAAAAGGUCGUACCUCAAUCCGUGGCUGCGGUGUAUCACGCCAGAAAAAGGCGAGAGAAUCCUCCAAGACAUACACGAGGGACUUUGUGGUGCUCACGUCGGUUACAGGAUGCUCAUUAAAAAAGCUCUGUUACUUGGGUAUUUCUGGCCCACCAAGAGGGUAGAUGCCCAAGUCAUGGUCCUUAGCUGUCCUUCUUGUCAGCACCACGCCCCUGAACACCACCAGCUGACUAAUCUUAUGAUUCCCAUCACCUCGCCGUGGCCGUUCGAGCAAUGGAAAACUGACAUAAUCGGCCCAUUCCCUAGAGCCCCAGGCAACUAUGCCUACGUGGUGGUGGCGGUAGAUUACUUCACCAAAUGGGUCGAGGCAGAGCAUCUGAGAAGUAUCACUAGAACAGCGGUUCAAAAAUUCUUCUGGAAGAGCGUGGUUUGUCGCUUCGACCUACCCCGGGUGGUCAUCUCAGAUAACAGCAGACAGUUCGUGGAUAAUUCUUUUAAAGCAUGGUGCGAAAACCUUAGAAUCGAACAGCAUUUCACCUCGAUUGGACACCCCCAGGCCAAUGGACAGGCCGAAAAUUUCAACCGCACUCUCCUUCAUGGGCUCAAGACCAGGCUUCACCGGGCUGGAUUAUCCUGGAAGGAAGAGUUUCCCAAUGUGUUGUGGUCCUACCAGACCACCCCGAGGUCGGCAACCCAAGAGAUCCCGUUCUCUUUAACGUAUGGUUCCGAAGCUGUCGUCCCAACGGAAUUCAUUACCCCGAGUCCACGAAUGGCGGCAUAUAUCGCCGAAGUCAACGAAAAAGAACGGCAAGUUGACCUCGACCUCGCCGAGGAGAAACGUGAUAUGGUUGCAGCCAAAGUCGCUCUUUAUAAGAAUAUCCAAACUGGCUACUAUAACGCUCGAGUCAGACACUUGCGGUUCAAUCCGAAAGACCUUGUGUUCCGGAAGAAUUCGAUCAGUCGAGCUGAACCUCAGGGUAAACUGAACCCCAAAUGA